AUGGGUAUUACUGGCUUGAUACCCUUUAUUGAAAAGGCCUCCAGGAGGGCAAACGUUAGUGAAUUCAGUGGAUCUACUGUGGCUAUCGAUAGUUAUUGUUGGCUACAUAAAGGGGCUUUUGCCUGCGCUGAUAAAUUAGUACGUGGAGAAGAAACAGAUAUGCAUAUACGUUACUGCUUAAAAUAUGUAACAAUGUUACUAUCGAGGAACAUAAAACCAAUAUUAGUUUUUGAUGGACGACAUUUGCCAGCCAAAGCGAUGACAGAAUUAAAGAGAAGAGAGUCAAGAGACAUAUCUAAGAAAAGGGCGGCAGAAUUAUUAAGUUUGGGAAAGAUUGACGAAGCUAGGAGUUACAUACGUAGAAGUGUUGAUAUAACACAUGCAAUGGCUUUAAGUUUAAUUAAGGAGUGUAGAAAACGGAAUGUUGACUGUAUUGUUGCUCCAUAUGAAGCAGAUUCCCAAUUGGCCUACCUCAAUAUUAAGAAUAUUGCACAACUAGUCAUUACUGAAGAUUCAGAUUUGAUAUUGUUUGGUUGUACUAAAGUAUUAUUUAAAAUGGAUCUAGAUGGAACGGGUACUCUAGUGGAAACAGCUAAGCUACCUUUAGUUAUGAAAUGCCCAAUUGAGAAAUACAGCUUUGACAAGUUUAGACAAAUGUGUAUUAUGUCUGGGUGUGACUACCUUUCAUCAUUGCCCGGGAUCGGUCUGGCUAAGGCCAGGCAAUUUGUGACAGCGACACAGGAUCCUAAUUUUGCUAAUGCGUUAAGAAAACUGCCGAGUUUCUUCAACCGUUCCAAUUUAGUUGUGACUGACGAAUAUAGGGAAAACUUUCUCAAAGCGGAAGCCACUUUCCGACAUCAGUAUGUGUACGAUCCUAUUGAGAGAAACAUGUGUCGACUGGAAGACCCUGAUGAUGCAGAUGUUGAAUUAGCGUUAUGUGUUAACGCGGGGGAACUAUUAGAUCCUAAAACGGCGUUUCAAUUGGCUUUAGGAAAUCUUGAUCCAUUCACCUUAAAGAAAAUGGACGAUUGGGACCCUGACAAUCGUGAUAUAAGUAAGGAUAUAAAAAGAUCAAACUGGAAAGAGCAACCCGUGUCCUCUCAUCCAAGUAUAUGGGAUCCAGGUUUUCAUAACUUUUUAAACCAAACUUGUCCCUGGAGGAAAGAAAAGGAAUCUAUUUUAAGCUUAAUUGGACCUAGGAAGAAAGUUGUCAAUUUAGUCACUAAGUUUGUACCUGAAACUCAAGACCAAGAUGAAAGCCUAUCUAUAGAGACCCUUAGUAAUAUGUAUUGCAUUGAACCAGCGAACAAAAAGCAAAGAGUAACAGAUAGCCCAACACAUGACACAGUUUUGACAGAAAUAACAUCAACGUCACCGAUAUUAGAAAACAAAGCGAGGUCGUUUAAAAAGCGGCUUUUAGCAAAUAAUUCCGUUUUGAAGAAACUGAGUCGGUUCCCAAGGACAUUUCUAGACGAUGACCUAAUUGAAAGCAAGUUCUUUAAAAGUGAUUCCCCUGGUUCAAAUGAAAGUAAUGAAUGUUCCCCUGGCAAAAAUUUGAACGAAAAUAAUAGUGUACAAACUGUGUGUGUGAAAAGUGGUUUAGUGAUUUCCUCGGAUAAUAGUGACGAUAGUGCUUUAGGUGAUUCCGAACAAUUGGAAAAUUCACAAAAGGAAAAUUCUCCAGUGAAAGUUCGGACUAGUCCCAUAUUACAAAGUCCAAGAAAUCCCUUUAAGAAGCUGGUGCAGGAUUCUCAAGACUCGGUCAUUGAUGCGGAGGAUUUCAUGCCGACUACCUCUCAGAUGCAUCUGGUUGAAUCCCCCCCAAAAGAAGCAAAUCCGUUCAGUCAAUUCUCCUACACGAGUACGCAAACAAAUAAACAGACAAAGAAAUCGACUUGCAGAGUUCCCGGCUUGAAGAAAACGGUGCCAAAUAACCAGCCGACUUUGUUGAGUAAAUUUGGAUUCCAAAAAAAACCAGUAUUGCGGAGGUGA